AUGGUUUUGUUACCACAAGUACCAAAAAAUAUAUGUAAUAGAAAUGUAGUUUCUGCCCUUGAAUUUUUUAUCAGAUUAGGAAAUAUGUAUUUGGGAGAUGUUGUUGAAGUUGUUGGAGGACCUAAAAGAAGAAAUGAUUGGAUACGCCUACUAGCCAGUUCAUUUAUAAUUUUUCAAGCAACACAACCAUUUAAAAAACAUUUAAAAAUUACAGAACGUAAAUUUGGAGGAAUAUCAUGUAGAAUUUAUACUCCAACAGAACAAUUUAAAAAAUCAAAUGCAUGUUUAAUUUACGUUCAUGGUGGAGCAUGGUGUAUAUUAAAAGCUCAUCACUUUGAUUAUAUUAUGUCAGCACUUGUCAAAAAUUGUGGUUGCACCAUAAUAUCGAUAGAUUAUACAUUAGCACCAGAUAAAAUUUUUCCAAAUAGUUUUAAUGAAUGUUGGAAAGCGAUUCAAGAUAUUUGUGAAAAUUUUCAUAGUGAUUUGAAAAUUGAUAAAAGAAAAAUAGCAAUUUUUGGUGAUAGUGCUGGUGGAAACUUGGCUGCUGCAUUAGCAUUAAAAUCUUCCAGAACAGGUAAAAAUUACUUCAAGUGUCAAAUAUUGGUUUAUCCUGUGACAUCAUGUUUAGACUUUCAAAAUUCAAGUUAUAAAGAAUAUUAUAAAGAAUACAAUGGGACAGGAUUAUUAAAUCCAGAAUGUAUGGCAAGAUGGAUGCUUUUGUAUCUAGGGAUACCUGCAACAAGGAGUAAUGUUAAGAAAGUUAUGAAGAAUCAACAUAUAAGUGAACAAUUAAAAAAGGAUUUCUUAUUAAAAAGUGAAUCUUUAAAUGGUUGUGAUAAACAAUUAAGUGAAACAUUUGAAAAAUUUGCAAGGAAUCCAGAUUUUUGCCCUAUUUUGUCAAAUGACUUACAUCUAUUACCAAAAACAUUAGUAAUAACGUCAGGUUUUGAUAUUUGUCGUGAUGAGGGAAUAGAAUAUUAUAAAAAGUUACAAAAUGCUGGUGUUUAUGCAGAAUGGAAACAUUUUCCAACAUCAUUUCAUGGCAUUUUAAAUCUUGCUGGCAGUAAAACACAAAAAAAUUUGGACAGAAUUGGUGUACUUUAUAUAGCAGUUGAAAAUACUAUAAAUGUAUAUAGUUUACGUCCAAUUAAAUUUAGACAUAACACAACACCAUGUAAAAAUAUUAUUACUCAUGUUGUUGUUCAUAAAAAAAAAUUAUAUGUUGUUAGUGGAGAUGAAUUAUUAGUUUAUGAACAAAAAAAAUUGUGUGUUAAUUCAUUAAAAUUACAAGAAAAAGUUGUUAGUAUUGUACCAGUUGGGAAUGUUAUAAGUAUUGUGUACAUAAAUGGAGAUAUUACUACUUAUAACUUAGAUGAUUUUGAAAUUUUAUCUAAUAUUUCUUCUCCAGAUGAUUUUAUACCUACAAUUGCUAUACAUCCACAAACAUAUGAAAAUAAAAUUUUAAUUGGUUCUGAUAGUGGUAAACUUCGUCUUGUAAAUACAAAAAAAGGAAAAUUAGUUCAUGAAUUUCAAAGAAUUAAAAUGUCAAAUUCUAAAAUUACAUGUAUGGCUCAAUCUCCAGCUAUUGACAUUAUUGCUUUUGGAUUUACAUGUGGAUUAAUAACACUUCGAAAUAUAAGGCUUGAUGAAAUUAUUAUGACUUUUCAACAAGAUGGUCAAAUAACGGGAAUUACUUUUAGAAAUGAUGGUGUUGAUUCAAUGAUUACAACAUCAGAUGAAGGUUCAAUUGCUGUAUGGAAUUUAGAUGAGGAAAGUCUUGUUGGAAUAACUACUUCUGCACAUGAGGGAAAAAUAGUAAAAGUUGAAGCAUUAAAUGGUCAACCAUUUUUAUUAACAUCAGGAAAUGAUAAUAGAAUAGUAAAAUGGUCAUUUGAUGAAAAUCAAAGUCUUCCUGAAGCACAUACAGUUAUUGAAGGUCAUGGAAAACCAAUGACCUUUGUAAAAUAUUUAGAUGAUAGAAUAAUGAUAUCAUCUUCUUUAGAUGGAACAUUACGACGAAAUAGUGCUAAAGGACCAUUAUUUUUUAAAAGAAUGGGACGUGGAGAGUUUCAAAAGAAAAAAUAUGUUGGAAAAGAUAGUUAUCAAAAAAGUUUACUCAAUCCAAUUGUUGAAAUUGCUGGAAAUAUGGCCAGAGAAUCUGUUUGGGAUAAUAUAAUAUGUCGACAUGAAGAUUCUCCUUUUGUUAGUUGUUGGAGUACAAGAAAAGACACACAAGGUAGACAUUUAUUAUUUCAAGAUGUAUUUUUCAAUAAUCCUAUUUAUGCUGGAAUAAUAGCUACAGCAAUAUGUGUCUCAAAUUGUGGAAAUUUUGCAUUUGUUGGAUAUUCAACAGGUCAUGUUAAUUGUUAUAACAUUCAAUCAGGACAAUUUAAAUGUUCAUUUGUUGAUAAAUCUUUAGGUGAAAAAAAUGUAGCUACACAAGGACCAGUUAUUGGUGUUGCUGUUGAUGUUUCAUCAAAAAGAAUUGUUGUUGCUUCUCAAAGUGGAAUGAUAAGUUUUUAUGAGAGACAUUCAAAAUCAAAUCUUUCAUGUAAAAUGAAUAGUACAUCGAGUAUUGAAAAAAUAUCACUUCAUUCAGGAAAUAAUUUAUUAGCAGUUGCUUCUACAGAUGGACAUAUAUCAUUAAUAGAUACAAUAAAUUAUAGUGUUGGUAGAAAAUUUGUUGAUGCUCAUAAAAAUUGUAAAAUUACAGCAAUUGAACAAUCUCCAGAUGGAAAAUGGCUUGUAAGUGCAGAUGAUAAAAAUAAAAUAAAAGUAUGGGAUCUUGUUGUUUCGGAGUUGAUUGAUAUCAUCGUUCUUCCACAUUUUUGUACAGGUUUAUCAUUUUCUCCUGAUGGUGCUUAUUUAAGUACCAUUUUAAAUGAAAAAAAUUAUGUUUUUGUUUGGUCAAAUAGAACAUAUUAUGAUGAUAACAUUUUAAUAAAACCAAUUCGAGAUUAUAAUACAUUACCAACAAAUGUUGUGUCUCUUCCUCAAUUUGAGAUGGCACCAAUUUUUGAAGAAGAUGAAUUUAUUGCCCAAUUUGAUGAGGUAAUGGAUUGUACAACAGAGAAUGCUGAAGUUACUAGAAAUGAUGAUUUAUUAAAGUUAUCCGGAUACCCUGAAACUAAGUGGGCAAAUCUUCCUUAUUUAGAUGUUAUUAAAGAAAGAAAUAAGCCAAAAAAUGCUUUGAAGAAACCAAAGAAUGCACCAUUUUUCCUUCCAUCUAUUCAAACAAUAAAUGGAUUUGAAUUUGUUGCUCCCGAAGAUAAUAGUGCUGAGUAUGAAAAGAAAAUUGCAAUUAAACGUAAAAAUUUAGAAUUACUAACUGCAUAUGCUUCACAAUUAUUAAAUUGUCAAAGCGAUGAAGAUUUGUUAUCAGCUUUUGAGACUCUACGGAAUAUGAGUGUAUCUUCAAUUCAAUAUCAAAUUAAGUCCCUUCCUUAUGAUAGUUUACAUAAAUUUUUUAAUAUGAUGACUUUAAUUUUAAGUAAGAGAAUUGAUAUAGAACUUGUGGAACAUUAUGUGGCUCUUUGUAUAAAAGAACAUAGAUCUUAUUUGUGGAGUGAUGAGGAGGCACAAGAUGACAAAAGUAUUAAUAAUCUAACAAAAGCUAUUGAGGAUUACAUGAUAAUGAAUGAGCAAGUUUAUGGGGAAUUUAAAAAAGUUGUCCCACAUGUAUCAUCAUUACUAAAAUGGAUUAAAUGUUCCACUGUUUAA